AUGGCAGCCGCUGGUUCUGGUCGACACCGCCGUCACGUUGGUCCGACUACAACUACUACUCGAUCUCGUGCGUUUCAAAGCCACGAGUCAAUGGACAGUUUGCCCCAAGAACCGUGGGCCGAUGAAGAAGCGGAAGUGAUUGGCCGCAGUAGUCGCCGACACAAACAUCCAACUAGCAAAUGGAAUGGAGGCGGUCAUCUCCAAACCAGUAGUAGUCGACAACGCGCCGCCGAGAAAAAGAGGCGUGACGAUGAUUCUGCGACACUGAUUGAUCAUACGCGCAAACGAUGUGACGACGAUGACCUUUCUACUAGCGACGAUGAAGAAUUGCAGGUGUUGCGUGUUCAUCAACAAAGUCAUCCUCCUCACAAGCAGACACACUCCCAUACCAAGCAUUCCCAUCAUCCUGCUGUAGGUGGUCAUCAACAUCACAUUAGUGAACAAGUGUCAUUGACCAGUCAUGAUGACAACAAUAGUGGUGGGGAUCACACAGCUCCCGACAUUUUGAAAGAACGAAAUCCGUGGUGGUGCAUUUGUUGUUUGCAGUUCAAGAUUCCCCUCUGGUGGAUGGGGACCUUUGGAUUGGCGCUCUGGAUUAUACUCAUGUUCUACUUAUCGGGCAGUGUCGAAACGCCCCAAGCCGAAGCGUAUCAGUGGUAUCGCGGACAUCCCCAGUUUGCCAGUUUGGAAAAUCCCAAACAUUCGGAACGCAAGAAACAAGUCUUUGCAUUGGCCACGUUGUGUUACUCGAUGGAAUACAACGAUUGGACGCCCGACGAACAGGGCUAUUGGUUGAGCUACGAUGUCAAUGAAUGCUACUGGUGGAAUCAAACCAAUAACAUUUCCAUGUGUAAUGACAACAACAACGCUUCCAUGGUCACGUGGAUACAAUUCCAAAACAAUGCCAAUAUUGUCAACGGCAGUGUCCCCAAUGAAAUGCAAUUGUUGUCGGAUCUCGCCAUUUUGGAACUCAACAAUAUGAGUGCCUAUCAUCAUCCAUUGACGGAAUUAUUGCCCUUUCCCGAUUUGGAAGAAGAUCCGGAAGCGACAUCGCCACUCCAACAUUUGCAAGGACUCUUUGUCACCAACAAUGCGCUCCUGGCGGGUGUCGUGCCCAAUUUUACACAAUUGGCACCCAACAUGACUCAUCUCGAUUUGCACAACAACGCAUUGACGGGAAAUUUGCAAGCUGCCGAUUUGGGAUUACUGACACUCUUGCAGUAUUUGGAUUUGAGUGACAAUGCUCUCACGGGAACAUUGCCGACCGAAUUGGGAUUGUUGACGCAUUUGACUCAUUUAGAUUUGCAUGGCAAUCAUCAAUUGGAAGGAACCAUCCCACGAGAACUGGGGCAAGCAUUGACAUCCCUUCACUAUCUCGAUUUGAGUCUCAAUAGCUUGUACGGGACGAUAGUGACCGAUAUGGGACGCUUUUCACAAAUACACACCAUCAAAUUAUUUGAAAACAAUUUCCGAGGACAAUUGCCCAGUGAAUUGGGACUACUGACAACACUCACGGCACUGGAGGUGUAUGGAAAUUACAUUACUGGACCGAUACCGGAUGAAUUGUGUCCACGAGACAAUCUUGUCAUUGUUACCGAAUGUCAAUUGGGCCAUCGAUGUCCUUGUAUGGAGAUGGAGUUGGAUGCGUUUGGUGGUUGUGACACCAAUUUUAGCAAUUGUACCAGUGAGUGUUCCUGUCAUGAAGGAUCCAUGCAUCAUAUUCAUUGGUAG